GGAUGAACUCAUUGCCACGGUAUUAUCUUCCUCUAAAAAACAUAAAUAACCAGUUUUAGAGUGCAGAUAUUUCUGUGUCUUUGCAACAUAGCGUGGGGGGUUACACUUGUCUUUUAAUUGGUUUCUCAGGGUGCUGCUGGUGUUUUAUCUUCAGCUGUGGAUGGCUGAAUGGUGAGCCGUAAAAAAAGAAAAAGAAAGGAAGCUUCCCCUGGCAGGCAUCUUCCCCCUCAGUCAGUCUGACCGCCCACAGUCCGGGGGGAGAAAGUGCUGCUUUGUGAAUGAAGGGAGCGGCGGAGGGCAGAAAACAAACUUUACCAAAACCAUUUCCGACGUUUUCACUUCCAACCGGACACGUUUCGACGGUGCAACAGGCGACACCUGGCCGACUAGCAGCGAAGAAAACACGAAUCUCCCCUGCUGAGGUUAUUUCGGAGAAGCUGUAAAUCAUGGUGGUCAGUCUGGCCUGUGUGGCCUGUCUCUGCCUGGUGGUGGUAGUCCGAGGCGACCCCUGCCUCAUCAUCAGCGAGAUCAACGCCGACAACCCCCGACUGGACACCACUGAGUUUGUGGAGUUGUAUCACACGAGUGGACAACGCUCCUCCCUGGACGGCUACACCCUGGUGUUCUUUAACGGAAACGGAAACAUAGCCUACAAGGUGCUGGACCUCAAAGGCCACAGCACAGACGACAGGGGGUUCUUCCUGGUGGGCUCGGUGGACAUGUUGCCCAAACCCGCCAUCCUCCUGCCUCCCAACACCGUCCAGAACGGGCCCGACGCCAUCGUCCUCUACCACACGUCUGCAUCUCGCUACAACGAGAAGAUGAACGUCACCGCCUUCGGAAUGGUGGACGCCGUGGUGUACAUGACCCGGCGUACUGGAGGGGCAGAGUUCCUCGCUGAGACUCUGACCCCAGGUGAGCCGGCGUUUGUGGAGGAUGAAUCGACCCUGGAGGGGGACGAGUCCAUCGAGAGGUGCCUGCUGUCUGAAGAUCGCUGGGGCUUCCAGGUGUCCUCCCCCUCCCCGGGUCAGAGGAAUAACUGCACCCCUCCUGCCGCUCCAGCCACCAUCCCUGUGAUCACCGAGCUGAAGCUGGGAGGAGGGCAGGUGGACGGCUUCGUGGAGCUGACGGAGGCUCCGGCUGCGGGUCCUCUGGCGCUGGUUGUGUUGGACGGGAGAACGGACAGGGUCAGCGUGAGCGUGGACGUGAACUUGGCAACAUCCAGGAACGGGUUGAUCUCCGUGAACAUAGAGAAGAGCUUCAUGAAAGGAGAUGAUUCUGGGGCAGUGGCUAUUUACAGUGGCAGAGCCGUGGACUUCCCCCUGGGCAGUCCACUGAGCCAGAUUCAGCCUCUAGAUGCGUUUGUGUUUGCUGGACCUGGAAACAAGCCAAGCGCCAACCUCACUGAGACUCUCAUCCCCGGCAGAGAGCCCUACCAACUCAGCAACAGUUUAAGAGAGGGGGGCUACUAUCUGAGUCGCUGUGGUGUGGCCACCUGGGCCAGAGACCCUGGUGUCUUCUGGGAGGCCCCGCAGACCCCAGCUCAGCCAAACCAGUGCCCCUGGCCAAAGAUCUGCCCGCACAGCAUGGUGACUCCAGGAGGCACAGAUUCCCCUCCCCACCUCCCACCCUGGGGGAACGGUGACUUCCUGAUCAACGAGCUGAACACGGACACCCCCGGCGCCGCUGAGGACGGCGAGUACAUCGAGCUGUGGCACCCGUCGGGGCGCCGGGUGUCCCUGCAGGGCAUCUGGAUCCUGCUGUUCAGCGCGCACAACAACAAACCCUACAGGGAGAUCAGCCUGAGUGGACACUACACCACCUCUAAGGGCUACUUCCUGCUGGGCAGUGACAGGCUGGUGCCGGCUCCGUCGCUCCGCCUGCCCCCCAACACCAUCCAGAACGGGCCUGACGCUGUGGCGCUGUAUCGAAGCCCCUACGGCCCCCCGUCCGCCUCACAGAGGGGCAUCCCCACCAAAGGGCUCAUGGAUGCGGUGGUGUACCGGCAGAGGGGGUCGGAUAAGGAGGCGCAGGAUCUGAGUAAAGCUCUGACCCCGGGACAGCUCCCUCUGCUGGAGGACCCCGAUGUUCUGCCCGGAGACGAGGCCCUCAGUCGCUGCAGGGGCCUCUACCCGUACGACCUGUCCGCUUUCUCUGUGGCUCCGCCCACGCCUCUGAGGGAGAACAUCUGCCCCCGCCCGCCUCCCGCCCCUGAGGGUGUGGUCAUCAGCGAGGUGGCGAGCAGCCAUUGGACCAAUCACAACCAGCAGAGGAGCUUUGUGGAGCUGCACGGCCCCCCCAGGACAGACCUGCGGGGCCUGGUGCUCUCCGUGUUCGAUCAGGAGCACAGCGGCACCGUCAUCGCGAUGCCUCUCACCGGCUCUGUGGACGACGAUGGACUCUACGUGGUGGGAAAUGUCACCGGAGCAGAUCAGACGUUUCUGGAAGGUUCUUCAGUGCCGGCCCGAGGAGCGGUGGUCCUGUGCUACGACCUGUUCAGUGUCUGCAGAGCCGGCACAGCGCUGACCAACUCCAGCCUCAGAGACGUGCUGGUGUUCAGUGAAAACCAGCAGCUGCUCUCCUCUCUGUCGUCCAGCAGAGGGAGACAAGUGAUCCCAGCUGCCAGGUCAGUGGAAGACGGUCCUGUGUCGCUCAGUCGGUGUUCGUGCUGCGAGGUGAGGAGCCCCUCCUCCUGGACCACCUCCUCUCCCACUCCUCACAGCACCAACCUCUGUCCCAGCUCCGCCUUCUCCAGUCAUAUCGACCUGUGCCUCGGCCCACUGCCCAGCGACGCACAGCCGCAGCCGCCCGGAGACUGCAGUGGUCUGAUCCAGGGCAAGAGGGUCGCUGAAGUGGCCGAAUACCUGGAGCAAAAGUGUCACUGUGGCAUCUCCGCCUUGUAUCUCCAAGGAGCCAACUUUUCCUGUGUGUCUGGAUGGCUGCGAGUGUGGGGGAACAUCCAGGCGCUGUCGGACCACCAGAAGGCCCUCAUCAUCCAGACGUCCCACACCAGUCCUUCAUCCGCUCAGGGAGACUUCUGCUCCGCUCCAACCACGGGACGCUACUCAGGCACAGCGUCCGCCCUGGGCUUACAGAUCGGGCUGAUCGUAGCGGUGCUCCUGCUGCUGGGACUGGGCGCAGCUUUAUUCACAUAUUUCUACAGGAGGAGGCGCCCCAUGGACUACUACACCAUGGAGCUGAGUGAGCACGCAGAGGGACUGUCAGAUCUAUAAUCCAGGCGUCUGGAGGUACUCGUGUGCGUGGGAGGACUUCAUCAGAGGGAGCGGGCGGUAAUCAGAGGUUAAUCUGACCUGAACGUAACUGAUUAUGCGGUUGUUAAAAACAGGUUCCACCACAAGUGUCCUUCUGAGUGUCUUUGAGUGGCUCACUGAUGAAAUGACUCGGGAUUGUCUUGUUAACAGCCUAGUUGUGUCGAGUCUGUGCGGUAUAUUCCAUGGCACUGUUGACAUUUCGACAGCAAUCCAUGAAUCUAAUAAGAAACGCCAGAUAAUACCAUAUUUUUAUAAAGGUCGAUGUGCAACCUUUGCCUGUGAACAGUGCUGGUUACUACUUUUAAAGGAAGAGAAAAGGGAGCAUUUUCUUUUUAAUACUUGAGUCAUUUUUGUUGACUUGUUCAUGUUGUAUUUAAAAAUAUAAGAACCACCAUGCUAUGCAGGAAGCUCUAUCAACAUAAUGACUUUCAUCACAUUCAGAUGUUAUAACCAAGAUAAUAUUUGUGACGCUCACAUUUAGUCUACAAAGCGGUCCACUUCCUGCUUCGCUCUCCUGCUACAUGCUGUAAAAACGUUAGGGCGUGAUUGUGAUUUUAAUGUGAAUGUCUUUUAGCUAACAUGUGAUCACCGUCGGUAACCACUUUUGUAUGCUUACUUCAAGCAAACUGUUUACAUUUUCUUGAACGGAAAUUAGAAAGGGAUGAGAGAGAGUAAAUGAAUAAAGCGUAUUUGUUUUUGAGAAAUGAAAAAUGGCUUAUUAAGAAAAUCAGAAAAAAAUAUUUGUGAUUUUUUUUUUUGUGGCUAAGAAACCUCUACUGUGCCUAAUUUUACUUCUGUGUUAUUUGAUCAGCUGAUUCCUCAUUUAUUAGGGGGAAAGUACAGCCAUAAGUGUAAAUACUAUGGAUAUGUUGUUAGUUAUUCCCAGGGUUGGCAGUUAUCAUCAAUCUGAAGGAGAAAAUAUUGUCAAAAUACAAAAAAAACAUCUAUUUUCAAAGUUUUGAUUCAAUUCUUUUAAAAAAAUAUUUAAAUUGGGGAAUUAAUCAUAACAUUUCUAAUACAAAGUGCCAUUAAAUAAUCAUCUCAGCCUGGAUAUGAUGUUCUAUUUCUAAUAUUGCUUACCUUGUAACGUUCAUCUGCUGUAGUGCAAAUCAUUUCAGUUACCUUGUAAAUACAUUUGAAAAGAAAGCUAGAUUUUAAAACAGAAAAAUCAUGUAAAUGAAAUCCUCUUUUGUAAGGAAACCCCCCGCCCCCCCCGGAAAUUAUGCUAUGUAUAAAUGUCUUUUAUUGUAAACUUCUAUAUUUCUAGGUUGUAUGUAAAACGGUACAUUAUAAAGAAAAAUAAAAAAAAGGGAAGGAAGAAAUUGCACUCAAAAUAAUAUGUUGGCGUGGAAUUAAAAGUGAUGUGUUCGCACUGAAGACGCUACACAAUGAUGAAAAAUGCAAACAAAAUGUGAUGAAGCACGUGUUCACAUCAAUCAUAAGUUGAAAUCUAACUGUAGGAGAAACCACAAACUUUUCAUGGGUACGAAAAGUCUCUCAUAGCAGCAGAGAGAAAGAACAUUUGAAAGAACAUGCUUAAUGCUUUUCCACCCUGGGACACAAUUUAAAUGCUUUAUUUGUGUUUCUUUGCCGUCUUAUUUUCCUUCCAAUGUCAUGCACAUGUAGCAGGUUUGAAAUAAAACACUUCAGCUGAUGU